CAUUCCUUGAUUCCUCAUCAAAAUAGCAACUCGUUUAGACCCCCGGUUCGGGUAUAACAUUUGGUAUCAAAGCUUUGUGUUGAACAUCCCUAAGGGAUCAUCUUUACACGCCUCCCUCAUCUCUUUUGUCAACCAUACACUCUUCAAGCAAUAUAUCCACCAUGCCAAGCUCUUCUCAAAACAUGUUUCGAGGGGAAUUAGCUGCUGCCCAGGAGACACUAAAGAAGGAAGUUGAGCUUGUGAUGAAACAAAUCAAGGAGCUCACUAAUUCAGUGGAGAUUCCCACGUUUGAGGGAAGAAACGACCCGGAGAAGUUCUCAAAGUGGCUAGCAAAAGUUGAAGACGUAUUUACACUAAAAGACGUGCCCGAAGACAAGAAGGUCAAGCUAGUGGUGGCAAAGUUUCAAAGACAAGCCUCUACUUGGUGGGCUAGCGUUGCUUCAAAACGAAAGCUCCAAGGAAAAGCGAAGGUGAGAACUUGGGAAAAGUUAAGAAAACUCUUAAUUAAGAGAUUUUCUUCCAAAGACCAUCUCCACCAGCCCACUACUCCAAAGAUCAUUUGGGAUGAAUAUUAUGACGAGGACUAUGAUGAAGAACUUCUCGAAGAGAAUGAAGAAGUGUUUGAAGACGCAGAGGAUAACCCGUUUUGGGUUACAGAGAUAAAAAAAGAAGAGCAAGAAGAGAAGACCCACGAAGAAGUCGCCACUCCUGACGCGGAAACCUCCGCUCGAGGCCUAUCUUCGUUAACGGUACUUCGUACCAAACGUGUUGAGUUUUUGCAGGUCCUGUAUGAAAAGAAGGUUGAGAAGAGUCAUGACUUGAAAUGGUCCAUUCAGCCCGGCGACCUAGUAUGGGUUCACGUUCAUAAGGCGCGUCUAUUCAAUAAACGCAAAUCAAAGCUACAACCCCAAGACGAUGGCCCGUUUGAAGUGUUGGCAAGGGUUCACAAAAACUCCUACGUGGUCGAUCUUACACGAG